CCGCCGUUCUGCUUCAGGCUUUGAAGCAAAACGAGUCGAGUGAAUCGCAGAGAGUCGAAUGAUCUGAAUCAUUUAAAAAAAGUGUUUAAAGGUCGAAUCUGCAAAACGAGGAGCCAGACGUUACACGCGCGCGCGCCUCAGGUGUCCUCUUAUUGACCACGCGAGAUGUCCGGCUCUAGGAAGGUGAUUGAACUGUUUUACGACGUGGUUUCGCCUUAUUCCUGGCUGGCGUUUGAGGUGCUGUGUCGGUACAGAAAUGUCUGGAACAUCGAGCUCAAAUUGCGUCCUGCGUUUUUGGGCGGGGUCAUGCAGGGGUCAGGCAACAGGCCGCCUGCGAUGGUGCAGAAUAAAGGUCAGUAUCUGGCGAAGGACCUGACCCGACUGGCGCCUUAUAUGAACGUGCCUCUACGCCAGCCGUCCGAUUUUGCUGAGGUCAUGUUUAAGAAAGGUUCUCUGGCCGCAAUGCGCUUUAUUACAGCCGUAGCAGAAAAAGAAAAAGGCAGUGAUCGUCUGGUGGAGAAAGUUUCUAGAGAGUUAUGGAAGCGAAUCUGGAGCACGGAUCAGGAUAUCUGUGAGCGGGCGUCUCUCACGGAGGCAGGACUAAAGGCUGGCUUGUCCUCCAGGGAAGUGGAAGAACUGCUAGACCUGGCCAAGUCUCAGCCAAUAAAAGACAAGUUGAAACAAGCUACUCAGGAAGCACUUGAUUACGAGGCGUUUGGGUUUCCUUUCAUAAUUUGUCAUGUCGACGGAAAACCCGAGGUGUUUUUUGGAUCGGACAGGUUCGAGCUUAUGGCUUACUGCAUCGGAGAGAAAUGGCUCGGCCCACAACCUGACAAGUCAACUUCAAAACUUUAACGUCACUCAUUAUUUCAAUAAAGUGUGUACCUAGUC